UGCGAAGCAGCAGCACAACGGCACAAUAUCAUAACUUUUUCGAUACUUUAACACUUUGUUAAUUAAAACGAGUGCAAUAAAUUUCAAGAUGAGUCAAAAAGUAAUCAAAUACAUUGGACGCACCACAGACUUUCGUGGCAACACGCUGUGGGAACUGGUGGGCAGUCUGCCCGACUGGGGAGUCGGUCGCAUGCUCAUACGUAACAUGUUUCAACGCUAUCCGGAACCUUGCUACAUGCGUAUAUUAAAGGUGCAAGCGGUGGACGAGAAGCCAAAUGAGGAGCGUAAAGUGCGUGUGCUUGUAGAGAAAACUUGGCGUGGAGUAAAGCAACCAAAGCCGGUGGAAAUCUACAGCACCAGCUACAAAGCCGACUACGAGCUGGUGCCCACCGAGGAGGAGCACAAGUAUCUGCAGAAUGCCAAGCAAGUGCAGCCAGUUAUACUGCCCACAAAGAUUGAGUUUCCGCCACUGCUGCGGGAGUACAUUAAGGAUGAAACUGGAGCAGCGAAUCCCUUGAUGAAUGUGCACUUCAAGAAGACGCACAAUAAGCAGGCGCGUCUAGCACAACCAGGAGAAAAGCCCACGCUACAAGUCUCCAUGGAUUUGGGCCAACCAAAGCCAGUGAGCGCCAAACUCUAUGAGGGAUUGCUGUGAGGGAUUUAACACUGUUUACACUGUUUUGAUUAUUAAAGUUUUAAUGUACACAUUUGCCUUAAGAACAA